AUUCGCUUCUAGAGAUUCUCUUGAAUCGAGGCCAAAUUCUUCAGCCAUUGCACUUCUAGGGUGGUAAAUCGGCUCAUAUGUGAGCCCUUCCACUAAACAUGGACCCGGCGGAUAAGAAUGAUUCUACUGAGUACUUACCACAAUUGCUUCAACAAAAGCGGAGCAUCAGCGUGUAUGAAGUCCCAAGGAAUUUGACCCCGUCAUCCGAAGAUCUUAAAAAUUACGACUGGGGGCAUCUCCAAGAACAUUACGCCAACGCGAUGGAGAAACACGGAACAGCUGAAGAAGACUUGCGAGCUCAGAUCUCGAAGCUGCUAGAGGUUUUCAUGGCGUGGUCUCAAACUACAGUUAUUCGUGAUGAAGCUAGAGCGCUAAAGAGGUUCAAAACGCAAAUGCAGCACGUACAGAAUUCGGAGGAGGAUUUAGAGAAGAAACGGAAGCACUAUGUCGAUGUUGUAAAGGCGUUCGAAAGCGCUCUUGCGCUUCUGAAUGACCGCAUAAGACCCUGA